AUGAGUGCCUUGCUUACUCUUGGAGGGCUGGACACCAAUAUCGUGGCGACCGCUGUGCCCAGCAUAACCAACCAUUUCCACACCGUUGCUGAUGUUGGCUGGUAUUCUUCUGCAUUCCGGCUCUGCUCCUGCGCAUUCCAGUUCAUCUUUGGCAAGCUAUACAGGCUGUUCUCUAUCAAAGCUAUAUUCUUGCUUGCACAGGCUAUAUUCCUAGUGGGCUCUGUGCUCUGUUCCACAGCCACAACAUCUUCUAUGUUUGUUAUAGGGAGAGCUGUCACUGGAACAGGCUUUGCAGGAAUUAUUGGAGGAUUAUUCACUAUUCUUGUGUAUAUCUUGCCUCUCCGUCGACGCCCAUUCUUCUGUGGUGUGUUGGGCAUGGUUGAGAGUCUGUCUAUUCUUGCCGCACCGAUCAUUGGUGGAGUUCUGACUGAAUUGCGGUGGUGUUUCUGGAUCAAUCUACCAAUUGGAUCUGUCUCACUCUUGAUGACUAUAUUUCUGUUUUCGGACCCAAAAUCCAGUGAUAUCAACAAGUCCUUGAAACAAAAGCUGAUCGAAAUUGACCCAGUCAGCAGCCUGCUAUUCAUUCCUGCGCUGACCAGCCUUUUCAUCGCCCUUUCCUGGGCUGGGAUAAAAUACCCCUGGGAUAAUGGUAAGGUUAUCGGCCCUCUUGUCACCUUUACUAUUCUGCUUGUUACCUUUGCAUAUAAUCAAUACCGACAAGGUGAUGCUGCUACUUUACCUCCGCGUCUUAUCAUGAACCGCAAUGUCAUUGCCGCCUCAAUCUUUACAAUGUGCUCUAAUAGUGCUACUAAUGUGCUUGAGUAUUAUUUGCCAACCUACUAUCAGGUUGUACGCAAUCACCCUCCCAGCGCAGCAGGUUAUAUGAUGGUGCCAAUUGUUAUUGGCUCUACCAUUGGAAUGUUCCUCUGCGGAUCUGGAACCAGCAUAAUUGGUUACUACACGCCAUUCAUGCUCUUUUCUUCCACCCUGCUGCCUAUCUUCGCGGGUCUAAUAACAACCUUUGGAGUUGAUACAAGCUUUAUACGACUUAUUCUGUACCCUGGCGCAUACGGCUUCUCAAGUGGAGUGGGCUUUAACGCACCAAUUAGUGCUGUACAGACAGCACUACCCGCUGAUGAUGCCUCACUGGGCUUAUCUAUUGUGCUCUUUGCACAGCACUUUGGUCCUUCUGUGUGCGUUGCCAUAGCUCAGGUUGUUUUCACAAAUAAACUCUCAGCCAACCUGGCCCGGGUAGUCCCGGGGUUGGAUCCUGCGACUAUUGACUCCAACGGGCUGUCGGAUAUUGUGGGACGUGCUCCCCCAGGUCAGCGCGGAGUGGUUCUUGAGGGUGUUGGUAGGAGCUUUGGUGAAACUUGGUAUCUAGCUGUUGGACUGGCAUGUGCGACGUUGAUUGGGAGCUUGCUCAUGGAGUGGCGAUCCGUCAAGGCAAAGAAUGCUUAA